UUUUUGUUUUGGUAGUCGAGGGGCGUGUUGGGGUGGGUAGAAUUUGAGGGGCGCCUCGUGUGGGUGGGAGGAAUCUGGUGAGGCUGAGGAGAGAGGAGGAGCAGGUUUGAGAUGGGUUGAGGGAGAGGGUUGGCGGAGGUGGGGCUUUGGAAGAUGCAGAAGUUUCUUGUUGCCUUGGGUGAGGUGAUUGCAAGAGGAACUUAGGGGGGCAGCUUAGGACUCUGGAGGAGGGGGUGAGGAAGGCUUCCUGCCCAUAACUCACUUCCCUUUUAGGAGAUUUGCUUCCUCUUGUACUGCCAGUUAAGAAGGGAGAGGAUCUUUGCACCUUCCAGAACCACUAACCAUCCUUAGUCUCAGGGAUGUGGGAGAAGGGGAGCUGGGAGGGGCCUUGGUACCCAAAUGCGGAGGGGUUUUGAGCCUGCCAUUCUCUGGGCAGUGGGCAGGACCAGUCUUCCCCCCACUAACUCUGAGUUGCUGGCCUCAUAACCCAUUGGUGGCUUCCUCUGCCUGUCUCAGCCAUGGCCAGCGAGAACUCUCCUCUGCUGGCUUACCGGCUCCUGGGGGAGGAAGGGGUUGCCUUCCCUGCCAAUGGGGCUGGGGGUCCUGGAGGGGCAUCUGCCCGGAAGCUCUCCACCUUCCUGGGUGUGGUGGUGCCCACGGUCCUGUCCAUGUUCAGUAUAGUUGUCUUCCUGAGGAUUGGGUUUGUGGUAGGCCAUGCUGGGCUGCUGCAGGCUUUGGCCAUGCUUCUGGUUGCCUACUUCAUCCUGGCCCUCACCGUCCUCUCUGUCUGUGCCAUCGCCACCAACGGAGCUGUGCGGGGAGGUGGAGCCUACUUCAUGAUCAGCCGGACCCUGGGGCCUGAGGUCGGGGGCAGCAUCGGCCUCAUGUUCUACCUGGCAAACGUCUGUGGUUGUGCCGUCUCCCUGCUGGGGCUGGUGGAGGCUGUGCUCGAUAUCUUUGGGGCUGAUGCCACAGGGUCCAGCGGGCUCCGGGUGCUGCCCCAGGGCUACGGCUGGAGCCUGCUCUAUGGCUCCGUGCUACUGGGCCUUGUGGGCGGGGUCUGCACCCUAGGGGCUGGCCUCUACGCCCGCGCCUCCUUCCUUACAUUCCUGCUGGUCUCGGGUUCCCUGGCCUCGGUGCUGGUCAGCUUUGUGGCUGUGGGGCCCAGGAACAUCCCCUUGACCCCUCGGCCUGGCCCCAAUGGCUCCUCUCUGCCGCCCCAGUUCGGCCACUUCACAGGCUUCAACAGCAGCACUCUGAAGGCCAACUUGGGUGCUGGCUAUGCCAAGGACUAUACCACGGGGGCCAUGAUGACCUUUGCCAGCGUCUUUGCCGUCCUUUUUAAUGGCUGCACGGGCAUCAUGGCCGGGGCCAACAUGUCAGGGGAGCUGAAGGACCCCAGCCGGGCGAUUCCUCUGGGUACCAUCGUCGCUGUAGCCUACACCUUCUUCAUCUACAUCCUGCUUUUCUUCCUCUCCAGCUUCACCUGUGACAGGACCCUGCUGCAGGAAGACUACGGGUUCUUUCGCGCCAUCAGCCUGUGGCCCCCGCUGGUGCUCAUCGGUGUCUAUGCCACCUCGCUCUCAGCCUCCAUGAGCUCCCUCAUUGGCGCCUCCCGCAUCCUCCACGCCCUGGCCCAGGACGACCUCUUUGGAGUAAUCUUGGCACCGGCCAAGGUUGUGUCCCAAGGGGGAAACCCUUGGGGGGCCGUGCUCUAUUCUUGGGCCCUAGUGCAGCUGGUGCUUUUGGCUGGGAAGCUGAAUACACUGGCUGCUGUGGUCACUGUCUUCUACUUGGUGGCCUAUGCUGCGGUGGACCUGUCCUGCCUGAGCCUGGAGUGGGCCUCGGCCCCCAACUUCCGCCCCACCUUCAGCCUGUUCUCCUGGCACACCUGCUUGCUGGGGGUGGCCUCCUGUCUGCUCAUGAUGUUUCUCAUCAGCCCCGGGGCUGCUGGCGGCUCCCUGCUUCUCAUGGGCCUGCUUUCCGCCCUGCUCACAGCUCGAGGAGGCCCCAGCAGCUGGGGCUACGUCAGCCAGGCGUUGCUUUUCCACCAGGUGCGUAAGUACCUGCUCCGGCUGGAUGUCCGGAAGGAUCACGUGAAGUUCUGGCGGCCCCAGCUGCUGCUCCUGGUGGGGAACCCCCGGGGUGCCCUGCCUCUGCUGCGGUUGGCCAACCAGCUCAAGAAGGGGGGCCUCUACGUGCUGGGCCACGUCACCCUGGGAGACCUCGACUGCCUGCCCUCGGACCCUGUGCAGCCUCAGUACGGGGCAUGGCUGAGCCUGGUGGACCGGGCCCAAGUGAAGGCCUUCGUGGACCUCACCCUCUCGCCCUCCGUGCGCCAGGGAGCUCAGCAUCUGCUGCGGAUCUCGGGCCUUGGUGGCAUGAAGCCCAACACACUGGUCCUGGGUUUCUAUGAUGAUGCUGCACCGCAGGACCACUUCCUGACAGACCCGGCUUUCUCUGAGCCUGCAGGUGGCACCCAGGAGGGCGGGACCCCAGCCUUGAGCACCCUGUUCCCUCCUCCCCGGGCUCCUGGGAGCCCCCGGGCUCUCACUCCCCAGGACUAUGUGGCCACGGUGGCAGAUGCCCUCAAGAUGAACAAGAAUGUGGUCCUGGCCCGGGCCUGUGGGGCCCUGCCCCCUGAGCGGCUGAGCCGGGGGUCUGGGGGCACCUCUCAGCCGCAUCACGUGGACGUGUGGCCCCUCAACCUGCUGCGGCCCCGGGGUGGGCCUGGCUACGUAGACGUCUGCGGCCUCUUCCUGCUGCAGAUGGCAACCAUCUUGGGCAUGGUGCCUGCUUGGCACAGUGCCCGGCUCCGGAUCUUCUUGUGCCUGGGGCCUCGGGAGGCCCCUGGGGCGGCCGAGGGGCGGCUCCGGGCACUGCUGAGCCAGCUGAGGAUCCGGGCUGAGGUGCAGGAGGUAGUGUGGGGCGAGGGGGCUGGGUCUGGGCAGCCUGAGGAGGAGGAGGAAGGGGACUUCGUGAACAGUGGGCGGGGAGACGCGGAGGCAGAGGCCCUGGCAUGCAGCGCCAACGCCCUGGUUCGGGCCCAGCAGGCGCGUGGCAGAGGAGGAGGGCCAGGUGGGCCUGAGGGUGGGAAUGGUGUGGAGGGGCCCGCCACUGCCCUCACCUUCCUGUACCUGCCUCGGCCGCCUGCUGAUUCUGCCCGAUACCCCCGAUACCUGGCGCUCCUGGAGAUUCUGAGCCGUGAUCUGGGCCCCACGCUGCUCAUUCAUGGCGUCACCCCCGUCACUUGUACUGAUCUCUGAUGCCUCAUCCCUAAAGCAGAGGGUGCCCAGGCCGGGAGGCCCACCUUGAGUAGCAGAUGAGGAGGAGAAGGGCCGCCUCCCCGUCUGCCCCACACGUGGUACACGGAGCCAGGUGGAGGUAUUAGGUGAUCCUGAUCUGCAGCAUCUGCUGUCUCUGGGAGAGGGGCCCUGGUGCACGCGUGCAGGGCAGCUGUCUGGCCACGUCAGCCUCCCUCCCUUCACCGGUGCCUUGUCCGGGGCUGGGUCUCCGCUCGUGACUUCAGGCUACCUCAGUCUCCCCCUCACCCAACAGACUCACUGACCCCUGAGGUUGUGAUAUUUGUGUUCUGUUUUAUUUUUCUAACUGCUGAACGUGAAUAAAAGACCAAAACACUA